CUCAUUAGUAUGCUCAUAGUAACUGAGGAGUUCAGUCCGUCUCAGUCUUCGGCAAAAAAAAAAAAAAAUCAAAUACAACAAACGAAGAGAAAAGAAAAGAAAACAUAGCUGCAUGCGAAAAAAGUUGGCAAUAAAAAACGCGGCGACGAGAAAGCCACUCCAAUCGACAAAAAAAAAAAAAAAAACUUCACUCGACUCUCAACAUCGCAUCGCUCUUCCAUCGGCGAGAAAUCGACAGAGACUUUGGCUUCGAGUUUGACUUCGUCGGCGGGCGAUUCGAUCGGAUCGGAAUCAAAUCAUAGCAGGCAGUCGAAGGCAGCGCGUCGCCACUUAACGCGAUAGUCCCUCGCCGAGAUACAAAAUACAAAAGAAAUAUAUAUUUUCGCAAAACUCACUUACUUGCCAAUUCGCGUUCGCUUCAGUUGCUAUUAUUUUUUUUUUUAGUUUAGUUCACAUUUUGUUUGCCGUUUUUUCUGGAAGCAAGUAACACAAAAAAAAAAUAUAGAAAGAAGAACUUCCAACGAGUUAAGAACAGAGUGCGUGUCAAAUAAGUACGAAAUUUGUGCGGAAUUCCCAGCCAACGAUUUUUAUGUAAAUGACGACAGCUGGCCGCCCGCUCGACGUCAUCGGGAGCAGCAGCGGCAUCAAAACGGCCAGCACGUGGAAACCAACGGAACCGCAGCCGCCGCCGUUUUUGGAUCGACGUCGCUUGAAUAGAAUCUGCUCGCUGGCCACGCUCGUUUUCAUCAUGUGCCAGCUCCAGCAGUCCACUCCAUCCGGCGGCGGCUUCGGUGGCGUCUCCGCUGCCCCUGCCCCUGCCCCCGCUUCCCCCCUCGAAUCCCUGCCCACACCGGAGUCCUUGGACCCCAUGGACAGCACGCUCGUGCCGCUGAAGCACCUGCAGAAGCGGGACACCAGCUUCCGGCUGCGCUUCCAGCGGGAAAUGAACGCCAGCAGCUCGCACCUGGACUGGGAGAACACCUGCGGGGGCGUCUGGACCGGGGAGGUGGAGAAGCGCAGUCGCACCAAGCGCUGCAAGAAGCGCCAGAUGAUCCUGCAGAGGCUGCAGAACCAGACCGCCCGGGAAUUGGGUGGCGUGCAGACCGAGGACAAGGCCAGGACGACCACCGAUCCUGACCAACUGGCCACGGCCACAAACAAGGCCCUCAACAUCAUGAAGAAACGCAAGUGGAAGCUGCACAACAUCAACUACAAGUUUCUGCCGCGCUUAAAUUCGAGUAGUCAACAGUUGAAUUUACGCCACGUGCACCGCGACCUUCAGUUCUAUGUGGGCGCGUUCACCUACUUGCGGCACGCGAAGAUGCACUGGGACUACAACAACCUGCAGGCGGAGAGCGUCCUGUCCGCCGAACUGGAGCGAAUGCGCCACUCCGCGCGACAGGUGCUCUGCAGCGUUGAGGGAGCCAUCAACCAGACGAACCUUCUGUACGCCCCCACCGCCCGCCAAUCGCAAGCGAGGGCACGCCACCAGCGGCAGAAGAAGCGGGGCGCUGCACCGCUGGUGACCUUCAAGGUCAUACCGCUGAAGCUGAUGGAGAAGCGGCUGCAGCAGUUCCGGACGCCCGUCGUUGAGCUGAACCAUCAGGCGACCUUGGCCGCUCAAGGUCAAGAGGUGGCGCCACCGCCCCUCGCCAGCCAGCUGAAACUGGACGCACUGUUCCUCAAAAUCGAGUUCGUUCAGUAUCUGAAGAGCAUUCGCAAGAUCCUCAACCGCCAGCGAAAGGAUCUCUGCACUGAAAAGAAACGCAUCCAGGUGAAAAAUCCAAAUAAGAUCAAAAGCUGAAGAAGAUCAAAAAAAGAAGAAAAUGAUGACAAGAGUUUAGCAACCGGUGAAACCUCCAUUCCACAAAACGAGGCUCAUUCCAUGAAGACAUCCUUAAUUUAUUGCAAACAUCCUCUAUUUAUUACUCACGCCACCAUCCCAGUCACGAAUCACGAGGAAUCCCCGAAAAAACCCAAGGCUAUGAAAAAAACCGAAUAAGUAAUGAAAACCAACAGUAAUCGACAAAUCAACAAAACCGAAUGAAGAUACCCAGUUUUCUCGAUAUCUUAACGCGAAUGUAUUCCCACUUUAAUAUAUAUUUUUUUUUUUUGCCUAGCCUUAAGUUCCAUUGUAUUAUUUAUUAUGCAAACUCGCCAACAAUCUGCCGCACAUUCCGCUAGAAACUAAGUAUAAAAUAUACUUUGCCUUGUAUUACGAUGCUGUGAUAGUAGAUGAUUAAAGUAACCACAACGCUCCAAGAAGGCCACAACACUAUAUAUUUAUAUAUGGAUAUAUAUCUCCCCGACUAUAUACACGGAUAUAUGUACGAUUAUACACCUCUUUGCAACUAAGCUUUGUGUAGGCAUUAACUUUUU